UUGCGCUUCACGCGUACAACCGUUCUUUGGGCAGGCCUACCAUGGACGCUCGGCGGAAAGCUGAGAUCGAGGCAAAGCGUGCCAAACUCGCCGAGCUACGCAAAGCAAGGGAGGACCGCAAAUCACAGCUCAGCCAGGAGCGCAGUGCCAGCACAUCCGAUACACCUCCAGACCGGCCAGGCUCAUCAGUUGCAGCUCGAGCUCAGCUUGAUGAUCUCGUGUCCACAUUGCUCGCCGACGCAGGAGCAGCCUCUCGACCUUCGUCUGCUUCAGGUUCAGAAGCUCAGGCUAGUCUGUCUGGAAGUGGCACGCUACCUCCAAAGCCUGCUUCACGUCUGCCUGCGCCCGCACCUGCACCUGCACAUGCCGCGCCGCCAGCUGAAGCACCUGCAGCGUCUGAUGCUCUCAAUGCAGUACAGCCAAAAUAUGUGCAGCCAUUGGAGCAAGUAGCGCCCACCGAGCCAGCACGAGCACCCUCCCCUGCACGCCCGCCUCCAAAGCCUCGGAUCUUGCAAUACGAGAAAGGAGUGCAAACAUCCAUCGCGACCUCGACGUCAGAUGACGAGCAGGAAGGGGACUUGCCCUCGCGCACAAAUGCAGGCAGUAGCACGAUAGAUGAAGCAGCUGUGCGCGCUAGCAUACGACAGGAGUACGAAGCAGAGCGUGCUCGCUUGGAUGCCCAGAUUGCAGAGGAGCGCAGACAGCUCGAGCAAGAUCGGAGAAAAGAGCGCCUGCAAGGCUUGCCCAAAGAGGAUCUCGAGAAGCUCUUCUCGUCUGGUCAACUCGGCGCUUUCCUCGAGAGUUCUUCCAAAGUCGUUCAGCGGGCGAUGAACGACACUUAUGAUUACAUGAGUGAUUACAGCUUUGGCGGUAGCGCAGCUCAAGACGGGGAUGGACCAGAAGCACGCGGCGUUAAGCUUUCCUGCAUCUUCGCAGACGAACGGUGGACGGCGCACCGCUCUGUGACGUCGAUCGAUUGGUCGCGUCGGUACCCAGAAUUGCUCGUUGCGUCUUAUAACAAGGAUGCCGUCAAGCCAAGCGAGCCCGAAGGCUUGGCUUGCGUGUGGAAUCAGCAUCUCGUUGCCAGACCGGAAUAUGUCUUUCACGCCAAUUCGGACCUGCUCUCGGUGCGAUUCGCACCUUUCCACCCGAAUCUCGUCGUAGGUGGCAGCUAUACAGGUCAGAUCCUCGUGUGGGACACGCGUGCCCGUCACUUGCCAGUCCUCAAGUCGCCGCUGUCCGCGGCAGGCCACACCCACCCUGUCUAUUCACUUCAGAUGAUCGGGACACAGAAUGCGAAUAAUCUCGUGUCAGCAUCGACAGACGGCACUGUGUGUGCCUGGACCCUCGACAUGCUCGCGCGGCCACAAGAAACGCUCGAGCUCGUCAAUCCUGCCCAUGCAAAGACAAACGAAGUAUCGAUCACAGAUUUUGCUUUUCCUGCGAACGAAGCGGCGCUCUUCUUUGUGGGCACCGAAGAAGGCAGUAUCUUUGCAGCCAAUCGAUACGCGAGAGCAGGCGCAAAAGCUGGUCUGGUACAGAGCGAAGUCUAUCGAGGUCACUCGGGACCGGUCACCUCGAUCGACUUUCACCCUUCGACUGGACCAGUCGAUUUUGGCGAUCUGUUCUUGUCUUCUGGAGCAGAUUGGACAGCGAAGCUCUGGCGAGCAAAGACAUCCUCGUCAUCUGCUGCACCUAAGCCAACACGACCUGGGGUCUCUGCAGGCAUUGCCGGACCAGAUACCAUCAGCCCAUUGCUGUCAUUCGAGGAAUCAGACGACUAUAUCAUGGAUGCAAGGUGGCAUCCGCAUCAUCCUGCGCUUUUCGGUACUGUCAAUGCGAGCGGUAGCUUCGAUCUUUGGAAUCUAAACAGUGACGUUGAAUCGCCUCUGAUCUCUACGCACGUCGAACAUGCUAAGCCUUUCGGUCUGAAUAAGCUGGCAUGGGAUCGCAAGGAUGGCAAGAAGGUCGCCUUGGGUACUGCGGGUGGGCAAGUGAUAGUGUACGAUCUAGGCAAGCAACUCGUCACGCCGGCCGACGAGGACUACGAUCAUUUACGAAGAACAUUAGCAGAAGCGGCGAGGAUGUCAUGAUUAGAGCCAUGUUACAGACAAAUGCACUGCAAUUACAACAUGUACAUCAUUGCUUCU